AUGGGAAGCAACCAGACAUGGAUCCCAGAAGUCACCCUGCUGGGAUUCCAGGUGGAUCCCGCACUGGAGUGUUUCCUCUUUGGACUCUUCUCUCUCUUCUAUACCUUCACCCUUUUGGGGAAUGGGGUGAUCCUGGGGCUCAUCUGCCUGGACUCUAGACUGCACACCCCCAUGUACUUUUUCCUCUCACACCUGGCCAUUGUUGACAUGUCCUAUGCUUCCAACAAUGUCCCCAAGAUGCUGGCAAAUCUUGUGAGUCAGGAAAGAACCAUCUCCUUUGUUCCAUGCAUAAUGCAGACCUUUUUGUAUCUGGCCUUUGCUCACACCGAGUGCCUGGUUUUGGUGGUGAUGUCCUAUGAUCGGUAUGUGGCCAUCUGCCAUCCCCUACGUUACUCUGUCGUCAUGAGCUGGAGAGCAUGCACGGUCCUGGUCGUCACUUCCUGGGUGUUUAGCUUCCUCCUGGCCCUGGUCCACGUGGUUCUCAUCCUGAGGCUGCCCUUCUGUGGGCCUCAUGAAAUCAACCACUUCUUCUGUGAAAUCCUGUCUGUCCUCAAGCUGGCCUGCGCGGACACUAGGUUCAACCAAGUUGUCAUCUUUGCCGCGUGUAUUUUUAUUAUACUAGGGCCCCUCUGCUUAGUGCUGGUGUCCUACACGCGCACCCUGGGUGCCAUCCUGAGGAUCCACUCUGGGGAGGGCCGCAGAAAGGCCUUCUCCACCUGCUCCUCCCACCUCUGCGUGGUGGGGCUCUUCUUCGGCAGCGCCGUUAUCAUGUACAUGGCCCCCAAAUCUCGCCACCCUGAGGAGCAGCAAAAGAUUCUUUCCCUGUUUUACAGUCUUUUUAACCCUAUGCUGAACCCACUGAUCUACAGCCUGAGGAACACAGAGGUCAAGGGGGCCCUGCGGAGAGGGCUGUGCAAGGGGAGGCAGACAUGA